UGUUGUAGAUAUCAUCCAAAAUGGACUGAUGAUAUAGAUAUCACAUACAAAAAUCCUUGCCUCUUAGCAAAUGGAACAACACAGAUGAGUCUAAGGGCGCUUCUGUUAUAUCUACGGAAGUCUAUAGUGAUACACAUGUGGAGGUGUAACUACAUAGCUGGGCACCUGGAACACAUGGGGGCAGCCAUGAAUUCUGGCUGCUGCUGUGCUACCACCAGGACAGUUGUGCAACUGCAGCAGCAAUAAUUUUAUCCCACUCCCUCCCUCCGCCAGGUCAGCACCAGGGUGAUUGUCCCAAUCACCCUGCCUUAGUUCUUUUUUAGCCUAGCCUACUCAUGCAGCAAAACCACUUCAACUUGAACCCUUUUCCAUUCAGGGCUGAAGUUAGGGCAAGUGAUCUAAUUUGUAUCUCUACAGUAUUAUGCAAACACAAUUGUACUGUAGCAGCUGAUUGCUUUCCUUAACAGCAUCUCCCCCUCCCCUUUUUAAAGCAGCUAAAAUGUAUGCUUCUCCGUACAUUCUCCCACCUAUAUAGUUGUGCCCAUAAAAGAUAUUGCCUCCCCUCAAAAAUCCUGCUUCUUACAUAUUCCUAGGACCAGUUUAGCUAUAUCACCACCACUGCCUUAAGCUGUAUAUCAGAGAGCAAGCUGCCAGAGGAUUUUUUUUAAAUUGCAAAACGCAAUCUUUCCCCAUUUCUUAUAACCAUUUAGUGGGUUUCAAUUGAUUGACUGCUGCUUACUUUAUUAUUUCCCAUUACACUGAUUUUCUUGUCUUGCAGUUAGCAUUUAGGUUAUGAACACUGUUGUGUGCAUAACUCUUGGGCAUACUGGACCAAACUGACCCCAAUUAUAGUGCCUUUGGAAUUACUAACUAUUUGCAUGGGCAAAGGAAAGAACUUGGCUGCUUGCUCUGAACACGGCAAAACAUAAAGAGGAGCAGAAGUCCCAGUGGCAGCAAUAAAUACUAUAACUCAGCAGUCUGUGCAGGAAGCCCCAUAUGGCUGGUUUUCAUUGGACUGGUGGACUUUAGGAAAUGUCAUCUUAAUGGAUCUUUUUAGCUCAGCUUCAGAUGAAAACCCAUGGACUCCAUGCUGUCUGUGGUGCUUAAAUCCAUCUGUCAAACAUCUCUGUUCCAGCUCACACCAGGAAGCAAAUAGAAGAGAGUGACCACUUUCAUCUCCUGAGAAGCAUAAAGGACCACAGCUGCUGUUAAAUGGAAAGAUGUGAAGACAAGGACAUUGAAGGGAAUGGAGAGAGGAUGCAACCUCCUUACUCGGCACCUGAGAAGAGGCACAGAUGGGCAGUGUAGCUUAUCCUGUGAUUGUUGCCAAUUACAGGCAAAGUCCUACCAGGAAGAAAAAGGUAGAUACUGAUCACAACUCAAGGAACAAACAAUCACCUGCACCUCAUGUUGAUAGCAAACCCCCUAAAGUACAGACACACCAUCACUUUAAAGUGAGCAGGAUUCAGGAAGACCAGAAAAGAAUUGCUAGCAUUGAAAGAGAAAACAAGAAACUUUUGGAGAAGUUAGCUGAGAUAUACCGUGGAAAAGGGAUAGUGGAUUGCUGGAAUGAAUACCGCCAAAAGAGCUCAAAUAGAGAGAAACAGAACAGGGAAAUAGUGAAGAUCACUUUGGAAAACCAGAGAAUUCUGAAGAAACUUGGUAACCUCGAAGCUACUUAUGAUCAUAGGAAGUAUGAGAUUGAUUGGCAGAACUCAAGGUGCUAUAUACGGAACACUUCUCGGUAUCUUAUCUCCUCUCGGAAUGGCUAGGAGAAUAUGCCAUGCAUGGAGAUUCAGUGGAGACUCAGCACAUCUUGUCCUGUAAAGGAUAUAUGUAACAACUGGCUGAACUUUUCUUGGAAUUUUAGAAUAAAUUGGAGCAUUGAGUGAAUUCAGUAUUUUCUGUAGAGGUGAACUCCCCCAACUCAAACUUACAUUUCAUACACUGCAUGCAGUUAGCAUUGCCGUAAUUUAUUAUGAAUUUACAAGCAACACUAGACCUGAAAAACCCUCACAUGACAGUUGUUCUAAGCUAAAAAAAGUGAUAAUGUCUAAGUACAGGUUUGCUGCCUGACUAUCAUAAAUUUGA